AUGCAACCUCCAGCGAAGAAACGAAAAUUCGAUAGCCCCGCAACCACUGCUCAUGCCGUUGGCGGGGCCACAGACCGUGCAGAUGUGGUUCGUAAAGAGAUUCCCGAAUCACCACAGGACAGUCCUGGCGCAGCCCAAUAUGGUUCUUCACCCAAGUUGAUAUUCAACCAACGUCCACGAUUUGCACUUCUCUCCAAAGAAGAUGACGAGCCGAUAUCUGACGAUCUGUUUGGGCAGACUCGAUUUACACAACGUCCUCGCCCUGCGUCCUCGGCUCUAGACAUCGAAGAGCAAAAUGUUGCUCCGUCCGCAAAAUCAACACCUAGGGUGGCAUCAAGAAGAAAGAGACCCAGAUCACCCGUAUCAGAUGCUCAGUCCGAAGCAGCACUACAUAAAGCAAAAAACAAAGACAGAUCGGGACGGCGAAAAAACGACCAACUCAUCGGCAUGGCAUUACAUCAAGCUCCUGGUCAUUGCUUGGGCAUUGAGGAAAUAUAUGAAUGGAUUAUUGACAAUUUCCCUGAUCACGACCUCGAAGAUCUACACUGGAGAGACGGAAUCUGGGUUACUUUGACGGUGUCCAGAGAUUUCAUGCGCCGAGAUGGCAACUCAAAAGCACCAUGGACAUUCCGCGAUGGCGCGAGCACAAAAUACAGACCACGAGACCACUCAAUAUCUCACGCGUUAGCAGCUGAUGCCUCUACGCAUGAUGUGAACAAAAACUAUGGUCGGAGCAAGCAAGGGAGAGGCGUCGAGACCCUUGCUUCAAACCACAAUCUUCUGGACGACGACUUCAAACUUCCAGAGAAAUCACUCGGCAGAACCAGCACCAAACGAUUUUCUAGGGCAGCGAGCGAGACGAAUUCUACAUUGCCCUCUACAAUCGACGAAACCAUAGACAUAAUCGACCUCACCAUGGACGAAGAUGAGCCGUUACGUCCAACGACCAAGGAGAGUCCCCGAAAGCCACCUACCGCACCGAAUUUCAUCAGCCUUUUGGGCGAGACCUCCGAAGGAAACUCCGAGAACAACCAGCGGCCAGGUCUUGUUGGAUUUGGAGAGCCAAUUUGGAAGAAAACGACAAGUCCCAUCCCCACGAGACAGUCCCUCACACCUUUCACAGAUCGCAUUCUCGAGAAUGCCUCAAAGGAGACGAUAGAAAGGUUCUCUGGUACCGAGAAAUGGAAGGCCGCUAACAAACAUAUCAACAAUCUUCUUGGAUCUUCUCCCAAGGCAAUAAGAUCGACUGAUGCAGAAACCACAGAAUCAAUGAACCCUUCCGGGUUAGCCUCACUGGAUUCUCAGCCCCUAGAGUUGGUGGUUGUGCCGAGUAGAGAGGAUUAUGAUUACGGUUCAAAUCUCAAAGAGAAAUCACUCGAGCCAGGUUUGCUCGACACCGACGUGAUGCGGGUUGCCGAGUUACCACAGCCAGCACCAAGUGAUACAGAGAUCAGCGAGCCACCAGAUUCUACAGAGAUCAUUGAGCAACCAGAUCCUAUAAAGGCUAUCGAACAGCCAGAUUCUACCGAGAUCCUUGAACAGUCAAACGCUAGUGAUCAUCGUUCGAAGAAGCUAGGCCCGGUGCCGAGCGACCAUGUCAUACCGAUGGACCUGGAUCCCCCAGAACAAUUUCUUGAGCCUAAAGCCGCUGAUCUUGCUGUGCCGGAGUCUGCUCAGGCAUCGAACGAGACAACUAACCACAUCGAACCAAGACCAACAACAUGCCCUGAGGAGACUUCGCUUGAAGAGCAGCUACUCCAAAAGCUAGCUUCGCAAGAGCGACUGCCUCCUGAAGCCUUGCUGGAAGGACGUACUCCGCAGGAGCCGCUGCAUGAAGAAGGUUUGACAGAAGAACCGCAUGCAGAAGAACAGCACAUAAAUACUUAUGCGGACUCGGCUGUCCAGACCGAUCUACCAGCAGCGUCUGUGUUCGCGAUAGGAACAAUCACGCAGAUCGACCUGGAGCCACAAGCACCAAUGCAAGUCUCCCAUACGGCCGUGUGUGAAAUUGUAGACUCUACCACUCAGACCGAAAAUCCACCAGCCCCGCAAGCAGCUCCUGACGCACGAAAACGGCUGCCACGAGUACAACCAACCAAAGCUCAAAAGAAGACAACCGACCCAUCACUACAAAAGACCAGUAAACGUCCUGUGACUCGGGCUCAGUUCGAGAAGUGUGCUCUAGCACUACUCGAUACAUACAUGUACAAAGAGACGAGUCUAGUCUGGCCUGACCAUCUUAAAGGCCCACCACAAGAGAACCCUGACCCUCUCUCCUUUGACCACGAAGCCAAAAUGAAAGAGAUACGCGCCAGGCCAACACGCAAACAGAUUUUCGGUAAAGUCGCUCUGUCCCGUGUUGCUGGCAACGAUGCCUUGACCAGAUUGAAUGGAAUCAAGUUGGGCAAGCAGAGGGCUGGCGAGGUCGAUAUCUACAAAGGGCACACCGAUGAACAAAUGGAGGAACAGAAGAAGUUGAAUGCGCAAGAGGGAUACUAUAGUACGAUGGAGGAGCUGUUGAAUCUGCCUCAGCAGGUUGUGCCUCAUAUCUAUGAGCAGCAGCUGGCAUUUCGUGAUUAUGCGCCGGUGAGUCGAUGCGAAAGAGCUUAG